AAUUAACCUGUUACGUCAUUGACUGUUAGACCUUUUUUCUUCUUUUUACAGUUUUGUCUUAGCAUAGUUCUCCAGUUAAAUUAUUUAAAAUGUGGGCUUAAACUAUUGCGACUUCAUUUGAUUUCGAAAACAAAAAACAUAGAAUGGAACGUUUUCAUUUAUUUGUCAUUUUAUAUUCAGUCAUUUUAUUUAUAAACUGGUGUGGAGGACAAAGCGAUAACGAUCUUCUCGGAAAACUUCCAGAUAUAGUGUUGGUUGAACAGUCUGCCGGUAACGAAUAUGAGUUGUUCCCCGAUACAUAUUCGGUAUGGUUCUUCCACGAACAGGAGAAAAUGUUAUUUGAUUUAACACUAGAUGACAACAUAACAGAAGCUCUGUGUCCUUCUGUGUUUCGACUUGCCAGCUUUCUGCCGAAUGAGCUAAUGGAUGAAACAAAUGAAAACGAAUUUGCCUUUUACCAUAACAAUCAGCCCCUAGAAUCAGACGAUAGAGCACAUUUUGUUUUACACAGACAAGACUUAUCUAAACCUGCUGACGUUUACGGACAAAUUAACCACAAUGGUUAUCAAUAUAUCCUCCAACCUUCUGGUAAAGGCAAUAAAUAUAGAUACCGAGAGGUGAUUCAACUAGCCGAACUGCGUGCAAAGAAAGACUUUCCGCCUAUAGCGGGAGUAGACAAUAUUCUAGAAGUUCUCGUUUGGAUUGCCCCUGAUCUUUUCAAAUUCACAAAAUCACGACUUGGAUUUGAAACUAAUGAACAAACUGCUGUGUGGACAGAAACAUUCCGAUCAAGCUUGAUUAGAGACGUUGAUCUGACGUUUAGAACGUUGACACAGGUGUCUAUACGUGUGCAAUAUGUAGGAGGCGGAGAUACGGAGAAAACAAAAGAGUCUUGGUAUAAAGACAAUUUUGAAGACCCGUACUUAGCACAGGAGAACGCGCUCACUGACGUCGCGACAUAUCUACAAUCAUUAAACGGCAUACUGCCGUCAUAUGACCAUGCCGUUGUUUUGACAAGAGCUGAUAUUGCUAAAGAUAAAACUGGUAAAAAAAGUGAAAGACAAGCCGUAGCAACAGGGACAAUUUGUGAUGGUGCUAGUGGAAGUUCAGUAUCUAUCGCUGAGGUCAGUGGCCCCUUCCUGAGAAAGAUAAUCGCACAAGCUAUCGGUCUAGGAUUUGGUCUAGGGUAUACGUUUGGAGAUGACCUCUAUACAGUGAUGGCUAGAGAUAGUCCUUCUUUCCCAAUUCCAGAUAACAAAGCAGCGGCAUUGUGGCAAUUUCCUAGUGGACGAGAAUCUGAUCUGAAAGCUAUAGUUGACGCAUAUUCAAAAAAUUGUAUGACAAUACAAAGUGCUGGACAAGACUUUGAUGACUUCAUUAAACUUGACACUUACGGAGAGACGUACUCCAACGACGAACAAUGUGAUAAUGUUUACGGAGAUGGAUCUGUUGUUUGUGGGGGCAAUACAAUAUCGGCAGAAACGUGCUACAAAGAUGUUAAAUGUCAAGUUGCCGGAAAAUGUGACCAAAAUGUUCUUUUAGGAGACCAUAGUCUUUGUGAUGCCGACAGUUUACUAGGUUGUCGGUAUGGUGAAUGCAUACGUGACUUAGACUCUACAACAACUAGCUCAACAACAACAAGCUCAACCAGUUCCACAACAGAAAGGAAGUAA